ACCGUCACAUCAUUUGUUCAGCGACGCACGUGUGUGAAGAAGGAGGGCACGUUGAUGUUAAAUUUUUGAUUUUUGAAGCAAUAAAAUUCAGUUUCCACAAUGGUUCCUACUGAAAAAAGUUUCCCGCGUGGCGGCAUAAUCCAUGCAGAUGCCAAAUCAGCAAACACCAACAUUAUUUUUGGUGCGACACAGAAGAAGGCUAAGAAGGGACAACAAAGCAAGGCAAAGGAUAGCUUCCUGAAGGAGAUCACCGAAGAAUACAAUGAUCAGCUGGAAUCGGCAUCCGCGGAAACGCUCAGGUUGGACACCCUGCAGGAGGAUAUGCUGGUUAUGGGUGUCGUUAAGGAAACGAGCGCCAUUUCUCUGCAGAUCGCCAUACCCGGCCGUAUGGUAGCGCGCACACAGGUGACGGAUAUCUCGGAGGCCUACACCCGCGUGGCUCAGUCAGCAAUGGCUGGCGAGACGAGUGACUAUCACGACCUGACAGAGCUCUUCCCCGUGGGCAGCAUUGUGUAUGGAAAAGCCAUAAAAACAGAGAAACCGGGCAACACUCGACCGUCUGUGCUGUUGUCCCUCAAGCCAGCCGAUGUGCACGAGAGACUGCACCACAAGAACGUCAAGAAGGGAUUUGUCUUCUCUGGUGCUGUCUCAGAGGCGCUGGAGCAUGGCUAUGUGAUUGAAACGGGCAUCCAAGGAUUGACGGCCUUUGUGGCCUGUGAAUUGGCAGAGCAAACAUUGCACGUGGGUCAGCUGACGUUCCUCAAGGUGAAGCAAGUGAAACACGAUGCCAGCAGCAGCAGCUGCACCUGCGUUCAAGUCACGCAAGAUGCGCUGAAGAUCAAGAGCCAGAAUGAACCGAAUCUGGACUACAUUCUGCCCGGCAGCAUAGUCAGGUUUAAGGUGUCCAAACAGCUGAAGGAUGGCCUCAAGGGCAGCAUCAUGAACGAAUCAUUCACCGCGUACGUAAACGAACAUCAUCUAUCCAAUGCCCUGGACACGCCCGAGGACUACGAGCUGAACGAGGAGUACAGUGCCCGUGUGCUGUAUGUCAUGCCGCUGACAAAGCUCGUCUACUUGACGCUAAACCUGGACAUCAAGCAGCAAGCAGAAGACGAGGAUGAGCAGGAGGAGGAGGAGUCGCUCAAGAAGGGCUCCAUUGUGGAGAAGGCCAAAGUGCUGCGCCUCGGCAGCGGUGGUGUGGUGCUGCUGCUCAAUAAAAAGCUAAAGGGCAUCCUGUCCUACAGCUCCAUCAAGGCUAACUUCAAGGGCAACUACGACAAGGAUGAGGUGCUGUCCAAAUACGGUCGCAAAACCAAGCACAAGGUGCGCGUUCUCGGCUACGAUUUGAUUGAAUCGCUGUACUACUGCUCCGACGAUCCCAAUCUGGUGAAUGAGAAGCUCUACAGCCUAGAAGAUCUCAAUGCUGGUGAUAUUGUCACCGCUAAGAUGCUCAAAAAGGACGAGAAAAUCAACGGCUGGACGGUGAAGAUCGGCAGAGUGAAUGGCAUCAUCGAUCAGUUCUACCUGGCCAGCAAUCUGCGCUACGAGGCGGGUCAACGUGUGCGCUGUCGCGUACUCGACAUCAGCGUGGAGCGCAAGAUGUGCUAUCUGAGCAAUCGCAGCGAAUACCUGCGAAAGGAUGCCAAACUGUUGAGCAAUCUAUCGGCUGCCCACGAAGGUGGCGUCUACCUGGGCACCGUUGUACGCUGCGAGCCUGGCUAUGUCCUCGUAAAGUUCGGUGACGGCAUCAAGGGUGUGCUGUAUCGCCAGAACCUCAGCGAGAAGAGCGCCCAGUCCUUUUUCGAGGGCCAGACCACAACGUUUCGCAUACUGAGCCGCGACAAGGAACAAAUCAUACUGACCCUGCCCGAGGAUAAGUUCCAGCUGGGCGAAAUCUGUCCCGUGGAGAUAACCAAUGCCCUGGAUGCGGGUCUCGAGAUGAAAAUCACCUACCCCGCCGAGGAGGAUGAAGAUACGGAUGCAGACGAUGAGGAAGCAGAGCCAAAGGUUGAGGAAUUUCUGGGUCUCAUCCCGUCCAGCCUGCUGUCGGAUCAUGUGGAGCUGAUUGCCGCCCAGAAGCGCAUCCAUCCAGCGGGCUCGCACACGGAGGCCGCCUGCAUUGGCCAGAAUAUUUUCAGUCUGCGCGAUGUGCCGUAUUUCAGUGGCCAACUGACCAAAGACUGGAAGACCAUCGAAGUGGGUGACAUUGUGCGUGCGUAUGUCAAGAAUGUAUCCAGCGAUCAGGUGGUGGAUCUUAUGGUGGCCAUACGCGACUACAACAAGGUGGUCAAAGUGCACGUGAAAAUGCUGCGCCUGAAUGCCGUGCGCACACUGCCUGUUGAUCUGUCGGCCGAUCAGAUGCUGUAUGUCAAGGUGCUCAGCAAAACUGUGGAGACCAAGACCCUGACAGUCUCGGCUAAGCUCACGGAUGUGUGGAGCGGCGAUCUGAGCGACACAGCCAAGCUGGUGGAGAGCUACUUUGAUGAAUUGUUGCAAAUCAAAUCUGCGCUGAAGGAGAAAGCCGCGCCCAUUGCCAAAUUCACUUUGGGCGCAACCAUCAGCGUGGUUUUCAAAGGCAUUGAUCCAGUGUCCAACGAUUGGCUGUACACUGUGGAGGGCGCUGCAAAGGUAAAGGCUGUGCUGUUCGCCAGUCUAGCACCGGCAGGCACCGCUGCUGUCCCUCAGGUGGGCAGCAAGCAGCCCGCUGUUAUACUGUGGAUCGAUUAUGCCGAGGAUUUGCUACUCAUUAGCACCAAGAAGAUGGACAUUGAGCACAUCAACAACAAGUGGUUGAUACCCAGCAAACUCAUUGGCAAGACUGGAAUGAAGGCCAAAGUGCUGCUGAAACUGGACACCGUUGUCGUCUGCUCUCUGAAGAAGGGCAGCAGUCCGUUGGUCAUUUGUCCCGUGCGGCUGCAUGCCAACGAUGUGGAGAACUCGGGCAGUGCCGGUCUGAGGCAAGGGGACUUCUGCCACAUUGGAUUCAUACACGAAGAGCUGCCCAUUGCUGUGCCGGAUACAGUCUGGAAGUUAUGGAAGGGCACAAAGCGAACGGCAGCGACAGCAGCGGAGCCACUGGGUCCAGUUAAGGCCAAGAAGGCCAAGAUUGAGGAAGCUCCAGUCAAGACAAAGAAGGCCAAGGCAGAGACUGGCACUGCCACCAAACGAAAGGCGGAAGAGCCAGCCACCAAUGGACAGAAGAAGAGUCCGCCACUGACAAAUGGCAUUGCAAAGGAGACACCAAUCAAAAGGCAAAAUGGCACAUUCUUUGAGGACAAAACACCAGCGAAGAGUGCAAAGGUAAAUGCCGAGAAAGCCAAGGGCAAUGCCACACAGAAUGAGGCGGCAAAGGCACGCAUGCCGGGCGUUGUCAAUUUCUGGGAGAGCGAUUUAAGCCAGACGAAAGAUGCCUCCAGCGACGAGGAGGAUGAUGAGCCAACAGCUGCGGAAACACAAACAAACUCCAACAAAAAGAAGCGACUCAGUGCCAAGGAGAAAGCCAAAGCGGAGGUCAAGGAGGAGCAGCGACUGCGCGAGAUAGAGGAACGCAAUGCGGAUCCCGAGGCACGACUGGAGACCAUCGAUCAGUACGAGCGACUGGUGAUUGCGCAGCCAAACAACAGCAUGUCCUGGCUGAAGUACAUUUCGUUCCUGCUCUCCAACACGGAGAUUGAGAAGGCACGCGAUUUGGCCCGAAGAGCCAUUGCAACGAUUUCGUUCCGCGAACCGCAGGAGCUGCGCAACAUUUGGAGUGCGCUGCUCAACAUGGAGCUCGCCUAUGGCAAUAACUUUGAUGAGGUGCUCAAGGAGGCGCUGCAGAGCAACGAUCCCCUCGAGACGUACAUCAGUGUCGUGGAUAUUCUCAAGAAGAACAACCAACGGGAGCGACUCUCCUCAGUGCUUGCCAUUCUACUCAAGAAGUUCAAAUCGGAGGCGAAAGUGUGGCGACUGGUGGCCGAUGGUUACUUCUGGCUGGGCAAAUCCGAUCAGGUGCAUGCGCUGCUGCAACGUGCACUGCGCUCGCUGGCCACCCAAGAGCACAUCAAUUGCAUUGUGGCCUUUGCCAAGUUGUACGAGAAGAACGAUGACAAAGACAUGGCCCAAACGCUGCUCGACGAUAUUGUCACCUCGUAUCCGAAACGCAUAGACAUUUGGUCUGUCUAUGUGGAUAUGUUGAUCAAAACAGGACAAAUAGACUCGGCGAGAAACGUUUUUGAGCGCGCUGUGCAGCAGAAGCUGAAGCCCGAGAAGAUGCGUGUGAUCUACAAAAAGUAUCUGGAACUGGAGAAGGAGCAUGGCACCAAGGCGACCGAGGCCAAGGUGAUGCAGGAGGCCGAGCAGUGGGUGAAGAAUUAUGCCAAGGCAAUCUAGUGCCAGAUGGAAACCCUAGCUAGAUGUUAGACAUUAAGUAUAAAUCAUGCAAAAUACAGUGGCAAAUUUUUUUGUGUA